AUGUGCAUACUGGCCAGGUAUCAUUUGCUCCCUUCUUCUCUGGUUUUGCUCAUUUUGCUUGUCGCCUGCACUAUGGGCUGUAUUCAGAGCAUCGCAUGCAAGCCCCGCAUCAGACGGGAGAACAUUGUGGUGUAUGAGGUGUCAGCCUCUAUUGACCAGUGUCCCACCAUCAUUGAGGAGAACUCACCAAUUGUGCUCCGUUACAAGACGCCUUACUUCAGGGCAUCAGCAGGGGUUGUGAUGCCACCGGUGCCCCGCAAUGAAACCUGGGUCGUGGGCUGGAUCCAGGCUUGCACCCAAAUGGAGUUCUACAACACCUAUGGUGAUAUUGGCAUGUCCAGCUGGGAGUUACCAGAACUGCGAGAGGGUCGGGUCAAGGCCAUCAGUGACUCUGAUGGCGUCAGCUACCCUUGGUACGGCAACACCACUGAAACAGUCACGCUGACCGGACCCACGUCCAAACCGUCCCGUCUGACGGUCAGCAUGAACGACAACUUCUACCCCAGUGUGACAUGGGCCGUGCCCAUCAGCAACAGCAACACGCCCAUGCUGACCCACAUCACCAGGGACCAGAGCUUCAUCACCUGGCUGGUGGCCAUGAACUCUGUCACCAAGGAGCGCAUUGUGUUGCAGACGGUGCGAUGGCGGAUGCGGGUGGACAUUGCCGUGGACCCUGACAUGCCUCUGGGCUCUCGGGCCUCGUUGGUGGGUCGUCCCUACCAGGAGCAACCGCACAUCCUCAACUACCAGGAGCCCAUCCCUCCCAACGCACUGGGGAGGCCCAACGCCAACGAUGCCCAAGUGCUAAUGUGGAGGCCACGGAGAGGGGCGCCACUCGUAGUCAUACCGCCAAAAUAAGAGCAAAACAGUAACAGACAAAAGUAAAAUUGUUCCCUCUUGCAAAAAAAAAGGGGUUUGAAGGGGAUGGAGUCAUGAAGCCUAUCAGAGAAGAGAGAACUGAUGGUUUCCCCGCGUUCAAGAUGCCAGAGGCUCAUUAAUCCCUGAAAGAUUUAAGUGGACCAUUUAAACAAGACAGAGUGGAUAUUACAUCUUGGAUGUGACACAGCGCAGUUUCAGAAUGAAAGUCUCCUACAAACUAGUGUCAAGUGCCGAGGUUGCAUCAAGGCUUUUUGGCCCCGGACAAGUUUUGGACUACAUUAAAGAGUUCUGCCUGCUUUUUUAGCAAAGAAGGAACACUGUUUUUAGACGUACCACAAGAGGUAUUAGAACACCACGAGAACUGCAUCCUGCAUCCUUAUGUAGAUCUUAUUGCAUGAGAGAGUGAGAAAGACAAGAAAAACUGUCCUUGGGAAGUUUAAGAAUAGCAUUUGUUUUUGUAUAACUUGAUACCUGAAGACAUUUUGAUUGAACAGUCAGCCAAAUAAAACCCUGCGGGCUGGUUAAACCUCGUCAGUGCCAACAAAGGCCUUCAGCACACUCAGUACCAGAGUUAAAGGAUGUAUUCAGAGAAUUUUAAAAGAGACAAAGUAUUAUAUGAAUCUUUUUAGGUUAAGAUUAACUCAUACAUCAAUCAGAUUGUAUUAAGAGCACCCACCUUGCAUAAAAGUCUGGAAGAAAAACAAAUCUGCUGGAGUUUUCACUGGAGUUUUGCUAAUACACCAAACACCUAUUUUCAACUACCAUUGUGCAGCUGAUAUUUUAUUCAGAUGGGUUACAAGCUAUCUGAGAGAGGAGUUGGACCUGUUACCACAUUAAAUAAAUCAUGUCAGUCAUGCAUUCAAUAAGUGCGGUGUAAAUGACUUGGAAUAGUGCCAUACAACAAAUUUAAAACAAGAGGGUGGUACAGUAGCUGGAAUGGGGCCGAAUUGUACGCAGACCCAUGGUGGAUUUGAUGUGGCACUAAUCAGGCCAUGUUGCACUACCGAGUUACAUAAAUCUUACUACAAUCAGGGAAUCCAAAUGUACUCUUAAUAGUUUCCUUGGUGUGGAAUUAAACCAGACUGCAUUUUGAAAAUGAAUGAAAUAGUCCCAUUAUUUAACACUUGGUUUGUAUGAGGUCAUAUCACAGCUUCACCUCACAUCGUUAAAGAAUAUCAUUUUGCAGCAUUCUUCUGCAGAUAAUCACGGAUGAAGGUUUCCUAUGUCAUGGCUGUGGUCCGUCCAGUAGCUCACGCUGGGCUCGGUCCAAGUCCCUGCCUGCCACGCCACACAGGAGUCACAUGACUCAUCCUCCAUCUGUGCUUCUUUCCAGGUUGACGCCUCACCUUCCUCAAUCUGCCUGCUCAUUUUCUCCCCUGUCUGUCCCCCUCAUCACACACACCAUCUCCGUGCAAAUACACCCAUUUGCUCUGCAACUAUGCAAAGACUAUCUGUAACUGUAAACACCACCAGAGGGAGAAACACUGGGGAAAAAAUAGGAAAAAUGUGUAUUUUUGUUCAUUUGCCUCAAUUUCUUUUUUUAUUUGUCA